GGUCAAGUAUAUUGUAAUGAUCUUUUGUGUAUUUCAUGGUUUAAAAACCUUCAUAAUAGAUAUGUUAAAAGGUAAAUUGCAACCAAUCUAUUAGCUAUCUAUUUUUAUAUGAUUCUAACAAAUUGCUUUUGGAUUCUUGUUAAUCGUAAUAAGUGAACUUUUUCAUCAUGAGAUUUUGUGGACUAGCAGUUAUUUUUUUAACAUUUUUCAGUAAUAUACAAUAUAGCAUCACUGCCUCACAUUCGUUCGUAACCUCACUGUACGACCGACUGACUACGUACAAUUACAGUUAUAUCAGACCAGAAUCAGAUCUUAAUACAGCAACUACAGUUGGGUUCAAGUUCUUUCUUGUGAAUCUUCAAGAUCUGGACGACAACAACAGCAAAUUUUCUGUAACCGGGUUUUUUGAAAUAAGUUGGAAGGACAAUAACUUAACAUGGGAUCCAUCAUCUUAUGACAACACAGAUUCAAUCCGUAUUCCUUCGGGAUACAUGUGGAAACCUCAUCUGCUUGUUGGAAACCCUUAUAAAGAUGCUAUUGUUAUUUCCUUAGAGCAAUCCACAAUCCGUGUUUACGCUGACGGUUCAGCGUACUGGUAUCCUGCUGAUAGUUACCAGAUGUCUUGUGAUGCUGAUGUGUCUUAUUUUCCGUUUGAUUCUCAGACAUGUGAGAUCUGGCUUCUACCAUGGCAGCACGAUGCAAGUGAAAUAAAUGUUACAUUGACACAAACCACAGUGAAUUUGUCUUCCUACAACCAAAAUCCAACGUGGGAUUACGUUUCGUCAAAUGUGUAUACACAAAGUAGUACAAACGGUGUCCAUUUUUCAAUGAAAUUCAAAAGAAGACCUACAUUUUUUAUGAUUAAUAUUAUAUUUCCGAUUAUACUUCUUGGAGUGUUGAAUGUGUUUGUGUUCGUGUUACCAGCUGAUUCUGGAGAACGUGUCGGAUUCAGUAUAACACUAUUGCUUUCAAUUGCCGUUUUUAUGACAAUCAUAGCAGAUUCGCUGCCUAACACGUCUUCUCCAAGACUAUCGUCAGUGGUCAUUAAACUAAGUGUUGACCUAAUUAUCAGUGCGUUAAUGAUGGUAUGCACUAUCUUGGGACUUAUUCUUCAUCAUCGAACUGACAAUGUCCCUGCAACAGGAUUCUGGAAGUGUUUCAUGAGGUUUCGGAAAUGUUUCCUGAAUUGUAGAAAGUCUAAAACGAAUGCAGUACAUGCCGAAAAAAACAAGAUCCCCAUUGGUAUAGUACUUUCAGAUCUUGCAAAUAAAACUGACGAGAAUGCAUAUGGUAAAGAUAAAAAACAAGAUGGCGUCACAUGGAAAGACAUCAGAGGGUUCUUAGAUAAAAGUUUUAUUGUCUUCUUCAGCAGUAUUUUGAUUAUAGCGAAUCUUGGAUUCUUUAUGGAUAUCGUUGCUGGUAUAAAUUAGCUAAUACGAAAUAUUCAUAUAAACAUUGAAGACCCAUUGGUGGCCUUCGGCUGUUGUCUGCUCUAUGGUCGGGUUGUUGUCUCUUUGACACAUUCCCCAUUUCCAUUCUCAUUUUUAUGAAAAAAUUUAAGUUAAUAAAACAUGAUGUUUUUUA